AUGUAUGCACUGUAUGAACGCUUUAAUAAAAAAAAGCUUUGUGAGACCAGUGUCACUGCUUAUAGAGAGAACCGAUGUUUUCUCUCAUCAGAUAAUCCAUUUUUUGACUCAAAGAACAACACUGAGAAGAGCUGCUUGUUACUGGACUAUGUCAUCCACUGUCUCCACAAAAUCUUUCUAUAUGAUAACCAGCAUUUCCUGAGCAAGGAGAGAACAGAAGCAUUAAUGAUGCCAUUGGUAGAUCAGCUUGAAAAUUUGCUUGGAGGAGAUGAGAAAUUCCAUGCAAGAGUGAGCGAGAGCUUGAUACCAUGCAUAGCCCAAUUCUCUGUUGCUAUGGCAGAUGACUCCCUGUGGAAACCUCUCAACUAUCGGAUCCUCUUGAAAAUGCAACAUUCUUCUCCCAAGGUUAGAAAGGUCUUUGGAACAAAAUACUCGAGGGCAUCAAGUUUAAAGAGCGUGUGUGACACGCAGCAUUGUGUUUCUCCUUGUAGUUUCCCCAUAUCUGCAAGCACAGUGACGUAUUUGCUGACAAGUGCGUAGGGUCAAGGGAAGGGU